AUGGAAACGGCAAGGCUCGUAGAGGAAGCUGUGGAAAAAAAAAUCUUGUUUAAAACAGACGAAGCUGAGGAAAGCAAAAAAAGUGCAGCUCUAACGGGAGACAAACCUGUGGAAAUGGCGACCGACGAAGCUAUGGAAAAGGGCGACCGACGAGUAGAUGAGGAAACCGGCGACCGACAGCUGUGGAAACGGCGACCGAAGACACCGGCGUCGGAGAAGAUGGAGAGCUCUACACACGCCGCGAGCACCGCUGCUGACCCCUUUCUGACCACCACAGCCGCGCCGUUUUCGACCACCACCGUCGCUGUCCCCUUUGCGAGCACGACUGUCGUCACCGUCGCCGACCCCCGCCGUCCUCACCGUCGCCAACCACCACCGCUGCUGACCCCUUUCCGACCACCACAGCCGCGCCGUUUGCAACCACCACCGCCGCUGUCCCCUUUGCGAGCACCGCCGUCCUCACCGUCCCCUUUGCGAGCACCACCGUCCCCUUGCAGUUAA